AUGGUUGAUUUGCUGCUGGUGGUCUUGUCAGAGUUGGUCCCGUUGACCUUCGCUUUGAGGGGUUUCUUGUUGCGCAAAGGAUUCUGGCAUGGCUACAUGCAAGGCGGGCUGGUCGCUGCCUUUCUACUGACUGUUGCAGUUCUCCUGGCAGACUUGGCCAUUGCUAUCCAUGGGUUGCAAGCGCAACAGGCACUGCGACAUAUCUACCAUGUGCUGGACAAGCACAAGAUCUUCCCGGGGAUCCUGUCCGUCCGGUAUGACACCUUUCGGGCACACUUUGAGCAAGUCUCAAGUGAAGAGUCCAGUGAGAGAAGUUGCCAGCGUACGGAAACCCAAGCUGGUCGCAGAAGCGUUUUCAGGGCCGUUGCGGGGUCGGACAGUUGGGCCUCGAGCCGAGCAGCGAUGUCGGGAAUUUGGCAAAUUCCUUCAGUGCUGGGGGCGUGGACCGUGAUCUCCGCCCUGGCCAUGCAGGAAGUGAUCGAUUUUCCAGUGUGCAUCAGUGCCAUCAUGAUGGUGAUCACGGUGGCUACGAUGUCCUUGAAGAUGGCCUGGACUUUUCCAGACAUUGCAGGACCCUUUUACACCGUGAUUCUCAUUUUCUUCGUCUCUGCAGCUUUGGGAUUGCAGGUUGGUGGAGCCUUCUCACUGGCUCCCAAGGCUGCAGUGGAGCCUUUGAUGAAUUCUCGCCCAGGCGAUGAACCCUUGCUGCCUCUGUGGCGCGGGACUGUCGGGGGGCCAGAGAAUGAGUUGAAUGACAUGCCGCCCUAUGCUGCCUGCCACAUCACCUGGGGCUCGCGUGACGCUCAGCUCUCGCAGCUGGACCGCGGGAACACGGCGGACAUGGCGGCCUUGGCCCUUAUCGCCUACGAGGAAAACUGCGACGAGAUGGAUCGAUUGCUCAAGGAGAGCUUUGGCAAGCGAUCCCCAAGGUUGGAGCAUUGCAGCAGCUACAGUGAGUUGCCUCGCUGGGUGGCUGUGCGCUUCUCACCUACACAUGGUAUAGGAUGUGGCACGCGGGUCUUUGCAUUGAAGGGCACCUCCUCGUGGCGUGAUGUCUAUGCAGACAUUAAGCUCUUUGCCACCAUCGAGGUGCUGCAGGCCCUGUCCAAGAUCGUGCCAAUCUUGUCGCUUUUGCCCGUCGCCUUAGUGCAAGGCAUUGUAGGAUACACAGGCGGCGGUGGGGCCAAACUUCUCCGCUGCGAACGGCGCGAAGGCCGCGAAGGCACGCGAACGACGGAUGUCCAGGUUUUGACGGGUCACUCCUUGGGCGGCUGCAUCGCACAGAUCGUGGCAGCGAGGCAGCAGCUGCCUGCCUUGGUCUUCUCUUCUCCAGGAGUGCUGUACUCCGCACGGCGUUUCCAAAUCGUGCCUGAAAGCGCUCGCCAUGUCGUUGUGGUGGUGCCAGACGGCGAUGUGAUUGCCACAGUGGAUGAACAUGCAGGCGUGGUGCAGCGAAUCGCUUGCUUCAAGAAGAAUGGCCAGGCUGCUUCUACUGCCACCUGCCAUCGCCUGCGAAAGACUGCAUGCGAAGUGUGGCGUGCUUGUGGUGAUGCCUGGGGGCGGGACUUCUCAACCACCUGUGGCGGCUAUGUGUCGCCGGACUGUGGGGCCUGGGGCAAGUCUUGA